UGACUACAUGGACCGGUUCCUUGAUGAGGGAGAGGGAGGUGGAGUUCCAGCAUCGUGGCGUGACAAUCGUUCCUCAUCUCCCAGUCUUCACGCCCUGCUGUAUGGAAAACCUCCUCCAGGAAGCAAUGCCGCUUCAGUGGGAGCUGGAGGAGGGAACUCUGCAGCCUCUGCUCCUGCAGCACAGCCCACCCCACCCACUUCAACAGCAGAGGCUAAUCUCAGCAACAGCAGCACUACCACCAAGAAAGAUGGUGAGCCAGCAGUUAUUUAUCAACUCAACCAAAUGGAAGAUUUAGCCCGUCACCUGGACAGUGAUUCGCUUGAGUCUUUAGCCAAAAUGACUUCGUCAAAUGCCUCAGUAUCUAUUGCCAAAUCUGGCAAGAGAACCAGUAGUCCACGUCCUAUGGACGUGGAUCUCUCUAUAUCACGUACCUCUGUGUUAAACUCUCAACCAAUUAGUGCAGAGGCUAAAAAUAUAGCAAAGGCAGAAACUGUUGCACAGUGAAAUAUAGUGUAUACCUUUUUUAUGUGUGUGCAUUGUGGUGGUUGUGAACAAGUGUUUGGUUACCAGUGUUACCACCUCAGAAAAUGACCAGAGAGGACACCACAAGUCUACAUGUCUUGUAUCCUGUGUCAUUAAAAAAACAAAAACAUGGAACCAAUACCUUUCCCAUUUAGUGGGAAGGUUUAGGGUAUGUGAGACUAGAAAAGAACUUAUAGAGUCAGUGUAUGGUACCUUUAUUUUUUUUCUAAGAAAGUGACUAUCAUUCUUUUCUGGAAAAAUUGGUCAUUCUGAUUUCUUCUAUAAUUACCAAGUUAAAAAUAGGUAAAUCCCAGUUAAUGAUAUGACCAAUAAUCCUGUAUAACACUAGUAGGAAUAACUAGUGUUUUAUUUUAAGAAAUGGAUGUACCCUAAACUUGGGGAAAAUGUCAGAACUAGGAUAUUUUUUUAUCUGUUAGAUUCCCAUUGCAUAUGACUGUGCAAAGGGGUUAACGUUACAUUAGAUUAUGUUCUGUACUGACAAAUUAUUGAAUUCUACAAGUGUUUUGUUUAAUUUGGUUGGCAUUACAGAAAAAUACCAGUGCAAAAGUGUUACAAAAUGUAGAAACAUUAUUCAUACAUAAAGACUAAAAGUGGGACAUGCAAGGAGUUUGAAGCAUGUAAUGGCUCAGGCAGUGAAAAGAUUAUGUACUGGUUAUACUUACCAGGCAGGUUGCUAUGGGUCCUAAUCUUCCGAGUUCAAUAUAAACUACAAUUAUAUUUUUUACAAGACAUUAUAUUCUAAGGUGAUACAACUGAGUAGGUGACAUACAUGAGCGUUCUGUCCUCUAGUGAGGCCAGUUUGCACCUCCAAGUGAUAAUCUAUUACCUUUUGUGGUCUAGUUGUAUAUUUGUGUUUUGAUUUUUUUUUGUUAAUCUCAUGAAUUUAGAUCUAUCAUAGAAUGAACAACAUAUUUAUUUAUGUUUCCUUUCAGUAUUUUCCUAACAGACUGGUAGUUUCAUUUUGUUCGACUCAUUUAUUUGAUGAAAAUUAGACACAUUUUCUUGUUCUUUCUUCUGUUUUCCAUUUAUUUUGAUACAAUUUUCUUCCCAAAAGAUAUUUUGACAUUGGCCUUCUAUCUUAGUAUAAAAUUAUUUGAUUUAAAGUCUUGAGAACUGCUUCAUUCAUGGGUGGAAAGACUUUGGCCACACACUUCUUUAUUGGUUAAAUGUAUCAACAGUUGUGUUUGGCCACUAGGCUUUUAAGAUUGUAUACUCUCUGUAUACAUUUCUGUAUACUAAUAAUUAGUAUUUACAGAAUAUGUACUCUAACAGUACAAAAAGUUAUAAACUAUUGGCCAAAUGAAAUUAAUUUUUAUCAAUCAAAUGUUACAGCUUUAUAGCAUUUUCAAAAUCACCAAUCUCUAUUUACCAUAUGAAUACAAGCAAGGGAGUAGUUUCUUGUAAUUUUAACUACCUGUUCUCUUUUUAAUUUAUAGGAAAAUAGAAUAUUUUAUUGUAAAUAAAGAAUACUUCUUGUAG